GGCGGGGCCGGGGGCGGGGCGACCAGAGGCCUGUAGACGGCGCGGCCGCGGGGAGCCACGAGAGACCCUGUGGUCCAGGUUAUAUGCACCAUGGCUAUCACUAAUGUCAGAUUGCUUGAUGGUAUUUUAAGAAAGCCAGAAGCCUGGAUUGGACUCUGGGGUGUGCUCCGACGGACACCUUCUUCACAUAAACUCUGUACUUCCUGGAAUCAAUACUUGUAUUUUUCAAGUACUGAGUUAAAUGCAUCAAAUUAUAAAACAUUUUUCCAUAAUAUUUUUUCACUGAGACUGCCAGGGCUUUUAAUAUCUCCAGAAUAUGUUUUUCCAUUUUCCAUAAGACUCAAAGGUAAUAUAAGCUCUAAAAAAUCCACUAAAAAGUCUCCACAAAAAGUAGAAGAUGAAGAGGACUCUGACGCAGAGGAGGAUGACAACGAAAUGAGUGAGAUGGAAGAGGAGCUUGAGGAUGACCCUAGUGUGGUCAAAGACUAUAAAGACUUGGAAAAAGUAGUGCCAUCUUUUCGGUAUGAUGUCAUCCUGAAGACGGGCCUAGAUGUUGGGAGAAACAAAGUGGAAGAUGCAUUCUACAAAGGUGAAUUGAGGCUGAAUGGGGAAAAAUUAUGGAAGAAAAGCAGAACGGUGAAAGUGGGAGAUACGUUGGAUCUUCUCAUCGGAGACAAUAAAGAAGCAGAAGCAGAGACAGUGAUGCGGAUUCUCCUGAAAAAAGUGUCUGAAGAGAAGACUCAAAGUGAAAAAUACAGAGUGGUGUUACGACGGUGGAAGAACUUAAAGUUGCCUAAGAAGAGUAUGUCUAAAUAAUUGGAUUGCUUUUUAGUGAUAAUGCUGCUUUCUGGUGGUAGGGGGGCAACUUAAAAAGAGGACAUUUUAUUAAAAUAAAGUUCUCUUACCAUUUGUGGAAUCUGCUGAGCCAUUUUGUGGAAAUUGGGAUCUAUGUCUUGGAGACACUUCACUUGGCCUGGGUUUCCCGCUGGGCUUGAUUUGUGCUCCUUUUGACACAAUGAGGACAUCAGCGUAAGGGCCUUUUGCCCAGUGAGAUGUGUGCUGAACUAAGCCCAGAGAGGGUUUAAUGACUUGCCUGCUGUUUCCCACAUAAACUACCUCAGGAUCCAUUGUAAAAUAAACCAGCCUUGUUGUUUCUUA